UGCAGAUCUCGUCGUGAGUGUUCGUCGCAUUAAGGCAAGCAAUCUUCCAGCUGGUUCUUCACUAGCCUCCAGUGUCGUGUAACAAGUGUUCGGUUGAGAAAACAUGGGUAAGAUACCGGCCGUUGGAAUCGAUCUGGGAACGACCUACAGCUGUGUCGGCGUUUGGCAACAUGGCAAGGUGGAGAUUAUUGCCAACGAUCAGGGCAACCGGACUACCCCUUCAUACGUUGCCUUCAACGAUACCGAACGGCUGAUUGGCGAUGCUGCCAAGAAUCAGGUGGCAAUGAACCCGAAGAACACCGUUUUCGAUGCCAAGCGUCUGAUCGGCCGUCGCUUCGACGACCAGAAGAUCCAGGAGGACAUGAAACACUGGCCGUUCACCGUGAUCAACGAUGGCGGCAAGCCCAAGAUCCAGGUGGAAUUCAAGGGCGAAACCAAGCGCUUUGCACCGGAGGAGGUCAGCUCGAUGGUGCUGACCAAGAUGCGCGAAGUCGCCGAAGUGUACCUGGGCGGAAAGGUAGCCGAUGCGGUCAUCACCGUGCCGGCGUACUUUAACGACUCGCAGCGUCAGGCCACCAAGGAUGCCGGAGCGAUCGCCGGGAUGAACGUUAUGCGGAUUAUCAACGAACCGACGGCUGCGGCGCUGGCAUACGGGCUGGAUAAGAAUUUGAAGGGCGAGAAGAACGUGUUGAUCUUCGAUCUGGGCGGUGGUACUUUUGACGUCUCGAUCCUGACCAUCGACGAGGGAUCGCUGUUUGAGGUAAAGUCUACUGCUGGCGAUACCCAUCUGGGCGGCGAAGACUUCGAUAAUCGCAUGGUGAACCACUUUACGGAGGAGUUCAAGCGUAAACACAAGAAGGACAUGAGCGGUAACAUCCGUGCUCUUCGUCGACUCCGUACGGCUUGCGAGCGAGCCAAGCGUACUCUGUCGUCGAGCACGGAAGCAUCGCUGGAGAUCGAUGCCCUGCACGAUGGAAUCGACUUCUACUCGAAGAUUACACGUGCUCGUUUCGAAGAAUUGUGCAUGGAUCUAUUCCGCUCGACGCUGGCUCCGGUCGAACGAGCUCUCACCGAUGCCAAGAUAGACAAAGGAGCCAUUCAUGACGUUGUUCUGGUUGGAGGCUCCAUACGAAUUCCCAAGGUCCAGAAAAUGCUGCAGGACUUCUUCUGCGGAAAGGCAUUGAAUUUGUCCAUCAACCCGGAUGAAGCGGUUGCGUAUGGGGCUGCGGUUCAAGCUGCAAUCCUCAGCGGUGACGGAAGCUCCCAGAUCCAGGAUGUCCUUUUGGUGGACGUCACUCCGCUUUCACUGGGAAUCGAAACUGCCGGAGGCGUCAUGACCAAGAUCAUCGAACGCAACUCCCGUAUACCGUGCAAGCAGCAGCAGACCUUCACGACAUACAGUGACAAUCAGAAUGCGGUAACGAUCCAGGUCUUCGAAGGCGAACGUGCCAUGACCAAGGACAACAACCUGCUGGGAACGUUUAACCUGACGGGGAUCCCACCGUCUCCACGGGGUGUUCCCAAGAUCGAAGUUACAUUCGACCUGAACGCAGAUGGUAUUCUGAACGUUUCGGCCAAGGACAACAGUACCGGUAAGUCGGAGAAAAUCACCAUCAAGAACGACAAGGGUCGCUUGUCCAAGGCCGAUAUCGACCGAAUGCUGUCGGAAGCGGAAAAGUACCGGGAGGCAGAUGAACGUCAGCGUGAGAAAAUCAUCGCCCGAAAUCAGCUGGAGAGCUACAUCUUCAACUGCAAACAGGCAGUAGAGGACGCUUCAGCCGAGAAGCUUUCCGAUUCGGACAAGAAGACGGUUAAGGACAAGUGCGCGUCGGAGAUGUCCUGGUUGGAUGCGAAUACGCUGGCGGAGAAGGACGAGUUUGAGCAUCACCUGAAGGAGUGUCAGCGUGUUUGUGGACCGAUUAUGGCCAAGAUGCACCAAGGAGGUGCCGGAGGAGGUGGCGAAAGUGGGGCUUCCUCGGCCGGCGGAAAGGGACCAACCGUUGAGGAGGUGGAUUAAGAGGGGACUUACAACGUUCAAACUAACAUUAGGUUCAACCCUGGCUGCAUCCAGAACACUGCACUAACCAUGUUACCGGCGCUUAUUUGUUUGGGUAUGCUUUAAUAUUUAUGCAUUUAUAAUAAGGUAUGGCGAAAAUCGAAUAAUAAACUACAUUCUGCAUGUA